CAAAUGGGAUAUUGACCAGGAUUAUGUUAUAAAUAAAGCCUGCUUUUUGGACUUAGUAUUUCUUUAAAGUGUUUUUACUAGAUAUUGAGAAAGCCUGUUCCUGUGUUCAAUUGAGACUGGAUGAUUUAUCAGCUAUUUUAUGCAAAUCAAGACGGGGAUAAUUGACGUCCAUCAGACGGUUUACAGUGCUGCCUUAUCUUGUGUUUGAUAUUGCCUGGAAAUACUGAACUGUGGCUAUUGUGAGACAUUAUUGCGGUCAUUUCACACAGUGUCAGGGAAUAUAAACUCUGUUUAAUUUAACAUCCUUCCAAUGAAAUUAUCUGAUGUUGACGGAUCAUAUUGCUCAUGUGACAGAAAGAUUUUACUGCAGUAGUUAAUUAUGUCUAACAUCGCAGGAAAAUGAAGACAGGUCCUCGGUUCUCAAUAUCAGCUGGAACUUAACUGAUGCAGAUUCCUUCAUAGAAAGGCCACCGCUAGUCUGCGAUCAUGGAUGACCGGCGAGUUGCGGACUACUUCGUUGUUGCCGGGCUACCAGAGAACCCUUUUCCGCUGGAGGAGUUUUCUAACGAAGCAGCCAUCAAGCCAACAUACAAGCUUGACCCAAUCACAGACAUAACUGUCAUCAACAAGUCUAUCAGUGAGAAGGUGCCGCGGGGCUACACCCUCUUAGAGAAGACCCCAUCCGACUACCCAGCGGACAUGAACCAUGGAAGUCUCCGCCAACAUGAGAUGUACAUUUGCUACAGGCGUAGUCGCGACAAACCACCUCUCACUGAUGUAGGGGUGCUGUACGAGGGUAAGGAGCGUCUCAUGUCCGGCUGUGAGGUAAUCCACACAACAUACUUUGGAACACCUGCCAAUGUGAACAACAGCAGUAAUGGGCGCACAUACAUCACAUACCGGAGGGCAGCGGAGAAUGCCCCCAGUGACAUGUUGGCUGUCGUUGAUCUCUGUAUUGUACUGGAAAAUAAGGGAGAAGGCCCACCCCACUCCUACUGCCAGAUACAUAAGAACCUCAACAGGGGGCUGAUGGGAUCGGAUGUUUAUUUGUGCUACAAAAAGGCCAUGACAAAAACAGACAUCCUAGCCUACAAACCAGCUAUCCUGAAUCGCUACCCUGCAGAAGAUUACGCAGACUUCCCGCUGCCAGAGUCCGUCUCGAUGUUCUGUCUGCCGAUGGGGGCGACAGUGGAGUGCUGGUCAGCCAAGGCUCAACACCCAUACCCAGUGUUCUCAACAUUCAUACUCACUGGCAUUGGAUGGAACAAGGUAUAUGGAGCCGCUAUCACAUUCUACGAGGAGUACUCGGAGGACAAACUGACAGAUCUUCAGAUGCGCCAUCUUGGCCUGAAGAACAAGCACAUUCGGGAGCAGUACCGCAUCAUGAAGACCGUCCACUCCAACAAGUCCAUCUGCCUGCUGUCUCGAUGGCCAUUCUUUGAGGCGUUCAAGCAUAUGCUUCAGUACAUCCAUCGUAUCUCGAUUACCGGGCCUCACUCUGUACCCAUAGAGAGGCACAUAUCACACUUCAUGUACGACGUACCGUACCCGUCCCCCCAACGACCCCGGAUCCUUGUGCAGCUCAGCCAUGAUGCUAUCUCACUCGCCAUGCCCGAGGACUCGCCACUACCACAGAGUGGUGCGUCUUUUGUCGCAAUGUUGAAGAACUUGGGUCCAGAGAAUUGCAUGACUAUCUUACUGUACGUCCUUCAUGAGCAUAAAAUCCUAGUGCACUCGCUCCGAGCAUCCGUCCUCACAGCCGUCGCCGAAGCCAUAUCCACGCUGAUAUUCCCGCUACAGUGGCAGUGCCCUUAUAUUCCUCUGUGUCCCCUGGGGCUGUCAGAUGUACUCAGUGCCCCCACCCCCUACAUCAUAGGGCUAGAUUCACGCUACUUUGACCUGUUUGAUCCGCCCCCGGAUGUGUUUUGUGUGGACCUCGAUACCAUUCGCAUCUGGCCGCCUGAUGACAAAAAGAACCUGUCAUACAAGCUGUUGCCACGGAAACCCACAAAAGUUCUACAAGAGUCAUUACACCGUCUAUAUGACCGUCUGGUAGUGGAACUGCCACGGCAUGGCCAGGACGACAGCACGGUGGACCUCGCACCACUUGACCAGGACUUCAAGAAGAAACACAAGGAGAUUUUGCUAGAGCUGGAGAUCCAGGAGGUGUUUCUACGAUUCAUGGCGUGUAUCCUCAAGGGCUACAAGAACUUCCUGAAGCCCAUUGCCAACAUGCCAGACCUAGAUACAACCAAUGCAGCCUCACUUUUUGAUAUGCAGGGUUUCUUGAAGAGUCGUGAGAAGGCAAACCACAAGUUUUACCAGACACUUUUGCGUACACAACUCUUCAACCGCUUCAUAGAGGAAAGAUCAUUUGUCUCAGAUAAGGAUGACAGCCUCGCGUUUUUUGAUGAGUGCACAGAAAAGGUUGUGGAGACAUCAGAGGAACCAAAGCUGAUAGAGCUGGAAGACUCAUCUAAAAGUGAGAGGACAAUGUUUAUCCUACCCCCGGAGCCGGUUGGCCUGCCUGAUGGCAAACAGUACAGCUACAAUGGUUUCCCCCAGCUGCAAGGUGAUCUGUUCCUGGAGAAGAACAAGCCGGCUCGCUCCUCCUCCCAGCAGCGAGACCGCGGAGGCCCAUCCAGCCCCGUUGCCCGCCGUACCAAACAGGAGAUUCGAACAGCACAGAAACAUGCACAGCAGGUCUUCAACCAGCCCUCACUCUGGGCAAAGUGCCUUCUUAGCCAUGCUUACAGCCUGUGGUUCAUGCUGCUGCCGGCCUAUAUCAAGUACAGCCAGUCAGUUACCAAAGCCCUCAUUCUCGCGUACGACGUGCUCAAGAACAUGCAGAGGCAAAAACUCAAACCUCCAGAUGAGCUGUGUUACCGAGUGAUGUUACAGCUAUGUGGCCAGUACAACAAGCCUGUGCUGGCAGUCAAAGUCUACUCAGAAAUGAAGCACGCAGGGGUACAUCCAAACGCCAUCACAUAUGGAUACUACAACAAAGCUGUUCUUGAGGGUCGUUGGCCGACCACCAUCAGUCAGGGUCGUGUCUUAUGGAGAAAAUUACGUAACGUUGUGCUGGGUGUGGCUAAAUUCAAGCGUGCGGUGAGGCGACGGAGCAUGUCCAUCUGCUCCAACUCGGGCAGUGAGUACGACCAGGUGAGCCACGCCAGUUUGGACAGCUGCCUUGAAGAGGAGAGGUUGGAUACUCGGCAUGAGACAAUCAUGCUGGCCGGCUCACGCUCAGACCAUGGACAAGUCCCCGGGUCACUCCAGGUGAAGGUCAACGGCAAGAUACCUGAGGAGGUUGAAAGAGCCCCCUCUGACCGUGGCUAUAACUCUAUGACCCAGGAAGAGGCGAAGAAUUUUUCAGACCUGAUAAGCCAAGAGUGUCCGGAGGAAUCCAGCUUUAAGAGAGAUCUGAAAAAUGCUCUCAGAUUUAGUUUUAGAAGAAAACAGAAAAAGAAAGAAUCCGAAAUUACAGAAGAAACUCAAGAUGAUGAAGAUAAAGCAUUUAAAGGCUCAUCCGACCUGUCAACAGCAGAUCAGUUCCGUAUGAGGGUGAAGAGCAUAGUGCGUCAGAUCUCACUCCCGGCCCAGGGAUCACCCAGAGGAUCAUUUCAUGGGUCAUCAGCAGCAGGAGUGUUGAUGGUGAGUGAGUCUCUGAUGUCUGGGGACGCUCUCUCCAAGAGCAUGGGCCCCACUGUGGGGCAUGUCGGACUGACCAUCGCCAAUGACAAGCAGAGGAAGCGACACCGCAGUGCCGGCGACUUCCAGACGAAAGCCCGCUCCAAUAGUCUCUUUGCAAACUGGCGACAGAAGCACAGCAGUGAGGAUACAAGUAUAAAGUUCUCGGAUAUACUUGCCAGUGAGGAGGGUGGGGAUGGUAUGAAAACCAGGAACUUGAGGGGAGGAGAGGUGUUGAGCCCUGGGGGGACAGAGAUGCAAGAUAUCUCUGAGGAAAUCAAGGACAGUGGGGUUGGGCUAGACGAGAAUGAGGCCCUCGGUGACGUGGUAGGGGGUAAUGAGGGCGGAGCGCAGACUCAGGGUACCAGCAGUGUUAGUAAACCAGUCAACUGUGAUAGUGAACCUCAUAAUAUUGGUGAUCAUGCAUCUCUUAUAGAUGGCAAAGGCUUAACAGAUGAACAAACAUUGGAUAACAUAGCGGAGAUUAAGAGUCGGUCGAGCAGUUUGAAAUCUGCCACAUCUAGUCCAUUACAUUCCGUAGCUACACCAGUGACAGAGAAUGAUCCUCUCGGUCUGUUUACUGCUCCUGACUUGCGGGCAACCAAAAUUCAGGAACAGAGACAGUCACCAGAGAAGAAUAAGGAAGAAUUUGUGGCAAAGAAACCAUUUGAGGGAGAGGUGAAAUUGACUAACAAAAGUUUACCUAAGUUGGACCUGGGCUUGUGCAAUUCCAUACCUGCCUCAUCUAGUGAAGGCAAGACAACAGUGGAUUCUACAGGGUCUGCAGGGGAAAGACUGCUGGAAAAGGUGCUGUCACCAGUUGAGAAGGUGCAAAAGACUUUACUGAAACUGGAACGGACCAAUAGUUUUCCAGAAAACCUUGGUAAUUCAAGCAAAACAACCACUCCUUCCAAGUCUCACUCGGUGAGAGCAGAGGUGGCCUCCUUAGGGAGGUCUAGUUCAUCUCUUUAUGAACAAAAGACUGAGCCUAUGGCAGGAACUCCAAGAUCUGGGGGCCUGUUUAGGACAGGCAGUUUUAGGCGACACAAACAAAACUUCAGUGGAAUGCUCAAAAUAGCCACAGGUGCUGUGGCCAACAAACUCUCAGAGAUGAAGUGGCUGACUCCCACUAAAAUGGGUUCCAACAAUUCCUUAACACCGUCAUAUGAUGAUUCGGACUCAGAAACUGAGAGUUAUCAGGAAACUCAGCGUAAAAAAGGCAGUCUGGAUUUUCUACAUCGUAGCAUAGACAGACUGGAUGCUCACAGUAUAAAUGGAACCCAUGAGAGCGCGCCUUCACACCCAUCAUUCCUGGAGCAGAUGGAACGAGAGUGUGAGCUGGAGAGGGCUAGUGACGUUGUCAUGGCGACAGGGGGUGAGGCAGGGGAAAUGGUCAUUGACGUGGAGAUGUCAUCCUGCAGCAGGUGCCCAAGAUGUCGCUGCCUCCUGUACGAUGAGGAACUGAUGGCUGGCUGGAAUGCUGAUGACUCUAACCUAAACACAGCCUGCCACUUCUGCCACAGCAAACUUGUGCCACACCUCCUCAUAUACAUUAAGGAUUACCGGAGAUGUAAAGUGUCUGAGACUGCUGAGGAUGAUACAGAGGCCUUGAUAGACUUUGGCAGCCCUGGCGCUCACCACCCCUCCCCAUCCUAUGGUAAGGAUGUGAACAUCUGCCCACCAACUGAUCCCAGUGGCCACUUCAUGUUCGGUGAGGACAUGGAGGACAACACAUCUGUGAGCAGCUUUGACACGCACCACGACCCCUGGCAACGCCACUCCGACCACGUUCCUGCCUCACCACCUGAUGUUUCCAGCCCCAGUCAUCCAAAGCCAGCAGAGAAUGGGCCAAGUCUGUCUGAGAUGGCCAACAUGGGGCACAGACGGACGACCAGUGAGUGCCUGACAAGUGCCACUAUGUACAGCUCCUCCCUCGAGUCCCUGGAGAGCCUCACAUUCAAGAACCUGCGCUCGCCACUCAGCAUCUCAAUGGAUGAGAGCGAUGACGGCCACGGGAGGCCCACACUUACCCCAGAGAGGAGGAGGGCCAUGUUUGAGGGUGGCCUGUCGUCAAUGGAGCCUGUGUCAGUGCCGUAUUUGAGCCCACUGGUUCUGCGUAAGAACCUGGAGAGCAUCAUUGAGAGUGAGGGUAACUCUGCCCUGGCCAAGGACUCCUUCCUCGAUGACCACCCCAUCAUCUACUGGAACCUAAUGUGGUACUUCAAGCGUAUUGGAGCAUACAACCACCUUACUGCUUUCCUGCUCACGUCCCAGCUGUUACAUCGCGGCAGGGAGCCGCUACCGGUGGGAGAGUAUGGCCCGGAGAAUGUGCGCGUGCGGGCCUGCUGGGACAACCUGCGUAUUCACCAGGAGGUGGGCUUGCCGAUGCAUGUGGCCUGGAACAACCUUCACAGCUCAACCACCGUUGAUGCCCUCCUCACCGAGGCUCAGCCUUUCAACAGGGCUGUGAUGCACCAGAUUAUCAGCAACAUCCAGUGUAACGAUGUGCUCACGCCAAUCAAGCUUGUGAUGAACGGUCGUCGACGUCUCCGCCCACGCAAGAAACGUUUCCGCAGCAUGUAUCGCGACAUCACCUACCUUGCCUUCAAGGCCUGUGGCAGGGACAACAUUGACAAUGAGGCUUUUGACCGCGAGUACAAGAUGGCAUUCUCCCGGCUGUCACCAGGGGAGAUGAAGCGACUACAGCGAGACGACAAACCCCGGUCUCCCCUUGUACAGGCAUGCAGGAAGGUCUUCAGUGAACUAGAUCUUUAGACUGGUCUUGCUCACUAUUUGUAUUUUAAAUUUUACUGGAAACCAAUCUAGGGGCUAGACUGGUUCAAUGUUCUGGACAGGUGAAAUGGACACAUCCAAAUUGGAAUUUCAGAUUGUUCUGGAGACCAGUGUAGGGACUUGCUCAUCAUGAAUUUAUAAUGGACAUGUAGACAUGGAAUGCUAUCAGGAGGAAUAUUGUGAAAGAAGACCAGUCUGGGUGCUUCACUGAUUCAUUGUCGUGGAAAUAUAGACUGGUUGAAGCAAUCACUUAUCUUAGCUUUAACAUCAGAAGAGAUUGGUAUCAGUUCUAUACAACCAUAGAUUUGCUGUGACCGUGGACAUUCAGUCCGUCCAGUUGCUGCGAAUUUACCACCUCUGCAUAUUGGAAACAGGUCAACCAGUAGCGAAUACAAUAUUGAAAACAUCAGAGGUAGUUGAGUUAUUGGGAUUGUGUACUUAUAACGACAGCGUAUGAAUUUGUAGAUGGAGCUCAAAGUAGUAUCAAAAGUACAAAAAAUCAUGUUUGAUUUCUUGAAGUCUUGGAAUUUAUUCAAUCCUUGAUGUAAAAUGUUUAAAAUAGAUAACCUGUAUGCUAAAAGACAGUCAUCAAAGUUGAGAAUUUAGCAAAAUGUUCAGUGACAUGGAUGUGAUGCAGCUUGAAGGACGGAUUGUGCUGGUUUAAUAUGAAAAGUUGGAUAGCUAAAAUAAUAUAAACACUGUUUUAUAUUUGUGCAUUUAGAACAUUAUUUCAUUGAUGAAAUGGCCUACAAUUUCCAUUUUAUACUCAGUAUUCCGUGUCAGUAAACUGGCCUUACUUAGAUAGUAAUCAUGUAGCAUUGAAGAUGUUUUAGAAACACGGGCAUUCCAUUAAAUAGACAGCUAGUUUUGUAUUCAUAUUUCCAGCUUGUAGUCCUGUUGACUUGUUGCUGUGUUGUUUACGUUGUAUUUUUCAUGUUGACCGUGUGCAAUAUCCUUGGGUUAAAGGUUCACAUAAAAUGUACAUAUAUUACCACUUGGUUUGCCAGACAUUAUACUUUUGUGUUAAACACAUUACAUUUUAUUAUAUAUCUACCAGCUAUAAUAGACUAUGUUUGAGAAAUCAUAUCCAAUUUCAGAAUAAAAAAAGGUCAGAAUAAUUAGCUAAGAACAUUUUCCUAAGUACACAGUUGUGCAAAGCGGAGUCCCUGCACUCUGGUUCUGUACAAUGUGGAGUCCCUGCACUGCUCGUUGUGUGCAAUGAGGAGUCCCUGCAUUGCUUGUUGUGUGCAAUGUGGAGUCCCUGCACUGCUCGCUGUGUGCAAUGUGGAGUCCCUGCACUGCUCGCUGUGUGCAAUGUGGAGUCUCUGAACUGCUCGUUGUGUGCAAUGUGGAGUCCCUGCACUGCUCGUUAUGUGCAAUGUGGAGUGCCUGCACAAUAUCAUGUCAUGCAAUGUUGUUUUCUGGUGGAUUGCAUUCCGGAUCUCUUACACAGACAAAAAUGAAAAAUGCAAAUAUUUUAUUACAAUUCCUUAGUUAGCAAUGCUUGUGUAACAAUGAAUUAUUUCAUAUACUUGUUAGUGCUGUUUAUUUAAAAAAAGCUCAUUAUGUUUUUAUUACAGGUAUUGCAGUUAUUUAAACAUUUUAUCUCUGUUGUAUUUUAUUUUAUCAUGUAUCUUAAAUGAUUGCAUUGCUGAUAAACAAAAUCCAUUGCAUCUUGAUAUGUAUAACAAUAACUGUGCUUAAUGAAUUGUAAAUCAUGGUCAAAUAAAUUGUUAUUGAAGAAGAAUUUGACUUGAUUUG